CUCAGGGGCGGGGCGCGCAGAGCCUCCCCGGGCCGUGCGCCUCUCCCCUCCGAUCCUGCUCUCCCAUCCCCCCCCGUCGCUUCCCCCACUUGGUUCGUCCCGCUCCGGGCCCGGCUGAGUCGGCAGCGCCGCCGAGGGUGGGGGGGCAGAAGGAACCAUUCGGCGCGGCGCGCGGGGGGGAGGCAAGGGACAAAAGGGAGGCGAUUUAAAGAGACGGGCUGAGGGGAGGCGGGCGGGAGGACACGCCCCUCACCGUCGCCUCAGCCGCCGCCGAGGUAUCCCCCCCCCCAUUUUUUUUCUCCUCAGCCGCCGCCGCGAGGCCUCCAUGACUGACUGAGGGAGGCCGGCCGCCUCAGCCCUUUCUUCCCCUCAGCCGCCUCCUCCUCCUCGGCGGCGCUUUGUUCGGGGCGGCCGGGGGCGGGGCGGGGCGGAGGGGAAGCGAGGGGGGGGGAUACGAGAGAAGCCGCCCCUCCCUCCCUCCCUCCCUCUGCAGUCCCUGAGGGGGGGCCCGCAGUCGCCCCCCUCAGAGAGCGGCUGAGAGAACCACCCUCCCCUUCCUCCUCCCCCCAACACGGGGGGAGGGGCCCCUCCCCCUUUUUUAGAGGGGGGCCCAAGAAGAGUGAGUGCAUGUGACCCCCCUCCCCAAUUCUCCUCCCCUCUGGCUCCGCCUCCGUCAUCUCCCCCCACCCCUCCUUCCAGAUCUUGCUCCCCCACCCCCUUUCCAGAUCUUGGCCCCCACCACCUUUCCUGAUCUUAGCCCCCCACCCCUCUUUCCCGAUCUUGCUCCCCCACCCCCUCUUUCCAGAUCUUGCUCCCCCACCCCUCUUUCCAGAUCUUAGCCCCCCACCCCUCCAAAUCCGGACCCUCGGAGCAGCAGCCGUGCCGGCGGGGCGGGCGGAUUGAUGUGGGGGGGUCUGACAUGAGUCCGCCGGCCGCCGGGUGCUGCCAUGUGACCGGCUUCAAGGUGGAGAACUGGAAGCAGAACUUGCGGGUGAUCUACCAGUGCUUCGUGUGGAGUGGGUCGGCGGAGACCAGGAAGCGCAAGGCAAAGUCGUGUAUCUGUCACAUGUGCGGUGCCCAUCUGAACAGACUUCAUUCUUGCCUGUACUGUGUCUUCUUUGGCUGUUUUACAAAGAAGCACAUUCACGAGCACGCGAAGGCAAAGCGGCACAAUUUAGCCAUAGACCUUUUGUAUGGGGGUAUAUACUGCUUUAUGUGUCAAGAUUACAUAUACGACAAAGAUAUGGAACAAAUUGCCAAAGAAGAACAACGGAAAGCUUGGAAACUACAAGCCUUCACUCCAACAAUGGUUUCUCACUACCAGUGUACUAUGACAGGUAUUGGAGAGAAGUAUUCAACAUGGGAGCCAACCAAACGCGAGUUGGAGCUGCUUCGACACAACCCCAAGCGCAGGAAAAUAACGACAAACUGCACCAUAGGUCUCCGAGGGCUAAUCAAUCUUGGGAACACGUGUUUUAUGAACUGUAUUGUCCAAGCACUUACCCACACUCCACUACUGCGAGAUUUCUUCCUCUCCGACAGACACAAAUGUGAAAUGCAAAGCCCCAGCUCAUGUCUGGUCUGUGAAAUGUCUACGCUUUUUCAGGAGUUCUACUCUGGGCACCGAUCUCCUCACAUUCCAUAUAGGUUACUGCACCUGGUAUGGACGCACGCACGGCAUUUAGCAGGGUACGAGCAACAGGAUGCGCACGAGUUCCUCAUUGCUGCGUUAGAUGUGCUGCAUCGACACUGCAAAGGUGACGAUAACGGGAAGAAAGCCAACAACCCCAACCACUGUAACUGCAUCAUAGACCAAAUCUUCACAGGUGGACUUCAGUCGGACGUCACCUGCCAAGUCUGCCAUGGUGUUUCCACGACAAUAGACCCGUUCUGGGACAUCAGUUUGGACUUACCGGGUUCCUCCACCCCGUUUUGGCCUCUGAGUCCAGGGAGCGACGGCAGUGUGGUGAAUGGGGAGAGCCACAUGUCAGGAACCACCACCCUCACAGACUGCUUGCGAAGGUUUACAAGGCCAGAACAUUUAGGAAGCAGUGCCAAAAUCAAAUGUAGUGGUUGCCAUAGCUACCAGGAAUCUACCAAACAACUCACUAUGAAGAAAUUACCCAUCGUGGCCUGUUUUCAUCUCAAACGGUUUGAACACUCAGCCAAACUGAGGCGAAAGAUCACUACGUACGUCUCCUUUCCGCUGGAGUUGGACAUGACGCCGUUUAUGGCCUCCAGUAAAGAGAGCAGGAUGAACGGGCAGUACCAGCAACCAGCGGAUAGUCUAAACAAUGAUAAUAAGUAUUCCUUGUUCGCAGUAGUUAAUCACCAAGGAACCCUGGAGAGCGGGCACUAUACCAGCUUUAUCCGGCAACACAAGGACCAGUGGUUCAAAUGCGAUGACGCCAUCAUUACCAAGGCUACCAUUAAAGAUGUUCUAGACAGUGAAGGGUAUUUGCUGUUCUACCACAAACAGUUCCUGGAGUACGAAUAGCCUUGCCCUGCUGCUUGAGAAAGGAGAGAAGAAAAAAACGCAAGGAAGCAAAGUGAACGGCAGCCUUCCGAAAAGAGGGGGGGGAGGGGAAAGACACACCAACCUACCUGAAAUGAAAAGACACCCAUUCUACACCUUAGCGCUGAGCUGCAAAACAGGACCUGCUUGCUGCGGGCUCCCAGCCCAGCGGAGUCAGAAGCAAACCCAUGUUUUCCACCUGUGUAACGCAGUCCUGCGGGACAGAAGAGGGGGGGGGGAAUAAAAGAGGCGACAGGCAGUGACUUUUUUUGUGAGAGGAAAUAUAAUAAUGGAAAGAUUGCUCUAGGUUUUGGGAGGGGCGGGGAAAUUGGGAGUCCAUACGCUGGCACAUCUCCCAGAGCUCCUCCGGGAAAAAAAAAUGUGUGUGGGAAGGCUGGGGGGUGCGUGUGUGUGUACUCUCAUCUCCAUUAAAAAAAAAAAGCAUCUUCUCCAUUGGUGCUUCUGCUCCGACUUCGACCAAUCAUACGACAGUUAUAAUUUAAAAAGCGAAAGCGAAAGGAAACCCUUGAAUCCGAACCCGUGUUGUUGUUUUUUAAAAAAAAAAAGAAAAAAGGAAAAAAAGAAUCAACGCCAUUGGGUCCGAGCGCAGUGCAAAAAAAAAAAAAAACAACGGAGGAGACAUCGGGACUACGCAACGGAAAUGGACUUUGCAAGUACCUUUUUAUUUGUGAAUUUUAGUUAUUAAAUAAAUACAGUAUGAAA